AUGGAGCAUUUGGGGAUAAGGUUAUUGACCUCCUAUCGUAAAAGUAGUAGAAGUGGAACACCUAGUAUUUCAUUUUCCACAUGUUUCAUUCAUGAUUUCUCAUUCAAAAAUCUAAAGAAUGCAUUACAGAUGUAUUUUAGAGUUUUUCUAUUUAUUGAACCACUUGGUAUUCUAGGAUUAAAUGACGACGAGACAACUGAAGAAAGUGUAGAUUAUCAAGUAUUUGAAGCAAUUCAAGCGAAAGCGAAGAUAGAGUUCUAA